AUGAAUACCAUCGUGCCAGACGUGUUGAAGCAAGGCGCGCAGGAGGAUAAGGGGGAAAUCGCGAGGUUGCAGUACUUCGUGGGGGCUAUCGCCGUUGGAGACUUGGUGAAAAGCACGCUGGGACCAAGGGGCCUAGACAAAAUCCUCACCCCCUUGAAUAUAGAAGGAGCCAGAAGCCACCAGCACACAGUGACGAAUGACGGAGCAACCAUUCUUAAGUCAGUAUGGUUAGAUAAUCCAGUGUCGAAAAUAUUAGUAGACGUGAGUAUGCAACAAGACAAUAAAUGUGGAGAUGGAACGACAGGAGUUGUAGUCCUCGCCGCAGAGAUGCUUAGGAAUGCAGAAAUAUUAAUUGAAAAUAAAAUACACCCACAAAUUAUUUGCGAUGGAUUCCGCAUGGCACUUGAGACGGCGAGAGAUGCAUUGGAAAAGUCGUGUUUCAGUCACGACAUAAAUUCAGAGCAAUUUAAGGAAGACAUGUUGAAGAUUGCCAGAACCACACUCUCCUCCAAAUUGUUGACACAUGAAAAGGAACACUUUGCGCAACUAGCCGUAAAUGCAAUUCUACGAAUAAAAGAAAAUUUAAACUUAGAUCUAAUUCAAAUAAUAAAAAAAACCGGAGGAACUAUUAAAGAUUCCUACCUGGAAGAGGGGUUCAUUUUAGAAAAGAGAAUUGGCAUUAACCAACCGAAGAGUCUGACAAAAUGUAAUGUCAUGGUAGCCAAUACACCAAUGGAUACAGACAAGGUAAAAAUCUAUGGAACAAAAGUAAAUGUCAACAGUUUUGAAGAUAUACAAGAUUUAGAAAAUGAAGAAAAAUUGAAAAUGAAAAACAAGGUGGAAAAUAUUAUUGCACAUGGAUGUAAUGUUUUUAUUAACAGACAGCUAAUUUAUAAUUAUCCUGAGCAAAUUUUUCGGGAAAAUAAUGUGAUGACAAUUGAACACAGUGAUUUUGAUGGAAUGGAAAGAUUGGCUAGCUGUUUAGGAGCAGAAAUUGCCUCUACAUUUGAGAAGGAUCUGAAUAUUAAGUUAGGAUAUUGUGAUAAAAUUGAAGAAGUUAUUAUAGGGGAGGAUAAAUUAAUUCGAUUUUCUGGUUGCAAAAAAAAUGGAGCAUGUACAAUUAUUUUGCGUGGUGCAUCUUCACACAUUUUGGAGGAGAGUGAAAGAUCUCUACAUGAUGCGCUUGCUGUUCUAGCAGAAACGAUGAAGGACAAUCGAGUUGUCCUUGGAGCAGGGUGUACAGAAAUGCUCAUGAGUAACGCCGUGGAUAAUUUAGCCAGGACUGUAGAGGGCAAGAGAAGCUUGGCUAUCGAAGCCUUUGCAAAGGCCCUCAGACAAAUCCCCACCUACAUAUUAGACAACGGAGGAUUUGACAGCUCAGAAAUUGUUAGCAGAAUAAGAGCUCAACAUACCAAGGGAAAUGUCUACGCCGGUAUCGAUAUCAACAAUGGAGAUGUGGGCAAUGUGAUGGAGCUCGGAAUUUAUGAAUCCUACAAUUCAAAGUUAUCUCAGUUGACCUCCGCCACGGAGGCCGUCGAGAUGAUUCUGCGUGUGGAUGACAUUAUUAAGUGCGCGCCUCGUAAGAGAGGUGGUGUAUAA